CUGAUUGCGGAGGCUCUAGAAGCCAGAGGUGAAGGCCUGGAUGCGACAGGUGGCCAGGGGCGUGAGGGGCUCAGGAGGGCCUUCAGGCAGGGGGUUCUUCUACCCACCUUGGGGCCUACAUUUGAGGGGCCAAGGCCCAGACAAAAGCAGCCCAGGGUUGAGCCAGGUAGUGCUGGAGGGCUGGAGCAUCAGCAGAGAGACGGGCUGAGGCUGACAGGCCAGGCUCAGCAGGUGGACGUGGAAGGAGAGGUGAGGUGUUGGGGGUGAUUUCCGCAUGAAUGGCAUGAUGGGUCAUCACCUGAGCUGGAGACGCAGCAGGAGGGCAGGUGUGGGGACAGGGCACAUCUCUGGGGCCUGUCAGACACGCGGGCUGUGUAACCUCAGUGGGAUGUGGGGCUUGGGGCUGGUCGAACCCCUGGGCAGCUGUGGCACGAACAGAGCCCCAGAGGGGAGCCUGGAGACAGGAGGACCACCCAGAGGGGUACCGGGGGAGUGAGGGGCCAGGGCGUGGCCAGGGAGGUGAGGCGUUCAGCCUGCUGUCAGCCUAGCAGCCGCCUGAGUCACCUCUGGACAGAGCCAGGAUGACACAGCUUCCUCGGACUGCAAACGCAAGGUGACCAGACGUCCUCCAAGCCAGGCAGACAGUCAUGUCUUGCCGGAGGGCGGCCAGCCAGGGCCAGCCUGCAGGCUGGGUGUGGGCUAGGCUGAUGGGGUGCACCCGCACGUGGAGGGGAGUUGGGCGGGAGGUACGAGCCCUCCCGGUGCCAGGCCUGUCUUCAGUUGGGUGAGGCGUCAGCUUGGGGGGCAAGCUGGCCAUGUCACCCUGUGCUCAUGGGACAGUUGCCUUCUGUGUCGGCCCCACUGUGCUGCCAGCUGGGAGGGGCGCUCAGCUUUGGGUCCUCUGUGAGAAGGCCCCCAGCCCCCCAGGACAGAGGCUUCUGGCUUUGGGGUUUGCACCCAUCAGGGUGAGUCAGAUGCUGUUCUGCUGUGUGAAGUGGAGAUCUGCUUCAGGACAGAACCCUUUUCCUCCCUUCCUGUUUUCCUCCUGCCCUCUUCCCUCUCCCUGGAUCUGACCCCCUCGGAGACCUGGGAGGGCUGAAGGGGGCAGGCACGGGGAGUGGCAGCCGCCAUCACUCCACACUGAACAGGAACAAGAGUUUUUUUGAGCGUCUACCCUGCUGGGCACCAGAUUCGGCUUCCUGUGCACGGGAAGCUCAUGGUGUAGGCUAGUCUAACUGAGGUAAGGGUUAGAGCCCCGUCAGACUCCAAAAACCCCUUUUCUGACAUCAUCUAGACCUAGGGCUGUUUGAGUUGGGGCCAUUGCGCCCAUCAGCCACCUGGCUUUACUGGUGGAACAAAUGUUCCCCCCACCCCCCAAGGCCCUGAACCUGAGUCUAGCCCAGUGAGGGCCUGAGCGCACUCGGGAUGGCCUGGGUCGUGAGUUGCCCCAGAUGAGCCGAGUCAGAGGGUGGGCAAGCAGCAGGUGUUUGCUGGGGGAUGGAGGGGCUGAGACCCUGGCCUCCAGCUCACCUGCCCCUGGAAGGGCUGUCCUGCAUUGUUGAACCUGGACGACUUGCCUGUUCUUUGUGGGUCCCGGAAGGGAGGGCCACCCCCGGCUCCUUUACUUGUUCCCAACUAUGCCAUCCCCAGAGGUGACUCCCAUCUAGGCUGCUGGUCCAUUGUUUUUCUUUUAGGGCAGUCUUUCCCUUGACUUUGUUCAGAUGCACACCAGGAUGAAGUUUCUGGCUUUGGGUUGAAAACCACCCUCUUCAGGUAGGAAAGCAGUCACCUGAAAGGUGUUCCAAGGUCUAAGUGCUGACCGAGCAGCCUUUCUUGACCAGCAGCGUCUUGAGGGCUGCGUGAGCUGAGCGUCUGGCUCUUGUUCACUCGGUGGGUGGGCAUGUGCGCCUCGGAGGUUCACACCCGCCUUCGGGGGUCCCCGCCUGGCUCUGGCUGCCAAUUUACUGGAAUUCCAAACAGCCCAUGCAGAAAGCGUGCACGUGUGGCUGAGGUUCUGUUAGUUGGUGGUGAGGGGACUCGAUGCCCCGAGCGUCCUCCUGUGCAGCUGCUGGAGAGCCGUGUGCGGGUGCUGAGCGGGGGCCAGUGUGGUGGAAGGCGAGGCCGCCUCGCCGCUCCUGCCCGGCCUGUCGGGGCCUCGGUCUCUAACCCUGGCUGCGGUCCGGCCCGGGACCAGAAAGCAGUUCCUCCUGCGUGCGCUCUGGUGGCCGUGAGGUUGCCUGAGGUUCAGGGCUUUAUAAAUACACGUUUUAGGGCAGUUGUUUUAAACUCAGUUGUCCAAACUCGCACAGGUACGAAACUUUUCUCUGAACCUGUUUUCCAAAAGCGAACUGUCGGGUUUUUUGCCCGUCAUGUUUGAAGUGAUCUUAGGUCACUGCUGCAUGUAUUUUGCGUAGCUUGGCAUAGGGGAGUAAUGGUGCCGUUUCUGUCCAUAAACUGAGUUCAGGAAAGACGGGCAGUGCCCAGCCAUUGCCGUGCUCCUGGAGCUGGCUCCCUGGACCAGCGGCUGAGUCUGCGUAUGUAGUGCCCCCCGGGGCAGCCCGCUCUCCAGCAGCUGGUGGAGACUUCCAGGGGUGCCUCGGCGGCGGGGGGUGGGGGAGGCAGGAGCUGAAACCUGGUCCGCCCGAGGCAGUGGGGGUUGUGUCUGUGAGCAGGGGUCCAUGGGACGGUGUCUGCCCUUGCCUGGGACUUGCCCACCCAUGUCUGGGUCUCUGGUUUCUCAGGGGGGCCCUGGUGCGGGUCCCAGCCCUCUGGGGGUUGAGUGGAGCCCCCAGUCAGGGUCUCUCCUGGCUCAGCCCAACCGAGGCUUUUGCGAGCUGGACAGAACUCUGGGACCCCUGGUUCCGAUCCCCUCAUUUUCAGAGGAGGAGAGUAAGACCCACAGAAGUGCUUUACUGGCUCGUUCCCCAACUUUGUCUCAAGGCGAUGAUCACCUCCACAUGUACUCCUGUUCGCUCUUAGGCCUCACGUCGCUCUUGUUGAACGGGAGGUCCGAGAAGGGCAGGGAGUCCCCAGAGGUCAGACCCCAGCGUGGAACCCUCCCACAAAGAGAGACGUCCCUCCUCUCUUGGACCCCAGGUGGGCCCCAGGGCCGCUCUUCUCCCAUCCCUGCCGAGGCUCUCAUCUGUGUCCUGUGCCCAGAAGGCAGAUGGGGUGCAGAGCUGGUGGAUAUGGGGCUUUGCCCAGGUGACCUUGACCUUUCAGAUGCAGCCAACGGACCCUCAUGGGGCCUGUCUGGAGGGGAGGGGGCCGAGCCCUUGCAGUGCUGUGGCCCAGUCCUGUGCCCAUCCUGGUUACCUGGACAUCCCACCACUAACUGUCACGGAGGGCCGGUCCCCAGGGGAAGUGUACCUGCCUGCCCUGAGCGCAGCCCUGUGGCCCUGGGUGCUGGCUGAGCUGGCCCGCCACCGUGGGGGAGGCACAGAAAGCCCUGCUGGUCGGGGUCUGAGCGGAGCUCCCUCCUUUGCUGGGGCCUCCCUUUUCUCAUCAGGCGGGCUGGGCGGUCCGUGCAGGGUGGGAGGGCCUUAGGUCUGUGGGAAUGUGAGCUCCUUGCUCUGUAAACAGCUGUGACUCACCGCACAACUAUGCCCUGGCGUCUCCAGGCCCUUGUGCGCUGACGUGUGCUGGAAUGACACCCGGUGGUGGAAAAGUUUCUCAGGGCUCUCCCAGCUGCCUGGCUCCUGCUGGCCCUCCAGGUGCUUUCUCUAGCACGGUGUGACCCCCGCACCCGGAGGGAGGGGCGCUAAUUGUGCGCCCCCUGCCCCCCACAGAUGCCGGGGGUCGGCCUGCUGUCAGGAAGCGGCUCCUGCUCCCUGCCGUGACCACCCCAUGCUGCUGCGUCGUCUGCGUGUCUGUCUCGGGCACACGCGUGGGGGUGUGGAGGAGCCCGGAGCCCCCCGGGGGUGUGCCCGGCCCCGGCCCUGCUGCUGUCCUGCUCGCCGUCAUCCAGCAUCGGCGCCCGGGAGUGUUGCCAGGGGCAACUGGGGGUCCAGCGACCUGGGUGCUGAGACCCUCUGGUGGCGGAAGGCAGGCGAGCCGUGGGGACGGGUUAGGGUCCCGGGGCUGUGGGCGAAGGAAGGCAGGGUGGAGACACCCACCCGAGUCCCGCUCACCCUCGAGAUGGAGGCUCGGCUGAGGCUCCCUCUCUGGGGCCCGCAUCCCCCCGUCGUGCAUUUCUCUGGUGUUCUCUCUGCUCAGUUCACCGUGCCUGGCGUUUGGAACGUAGACCCGGGUCCCUAACCCAGUGACAGAGCGUGGGGGCAAGUCUAGAGCCGCGGGGUCACACGGGUUUGUUUACUGUCCCGCAGCCUGUGUGUGUGCACCAGCCGCCCGAAGCCAUUGUUGCUGUGGGCUUCUCUGUUGCCAUGGCGACCACCAGGGGCUGGCUACUUCCCAAGGUCGCCAUGGCAACUAUCAGAGGGGAAUCAUGCUUGGGAUGCUUUGGCUGGCUUUUUCAUGAAUGAUUAGAAUGUGUGACACAAUGCAGACGCGAAAACUCGAAGGGCGGGCAGCGGCGGGGCUGGCGGGCGCCGGGGACAACUCCCGCCAGACAGCCGCCCCAUGAGCUCGUGCAGCCGCGGCUCCCCACCUCCCAGAUCCUGCCCUGGCCGCGCAGGGAGACCCCGCCCACCCCGAGGGCCUCAGGUCAUGGCUCUGGGGCAGCCCAGGUGGGGGUGGUGAUGUCACAGCCGCAGUGCCCUUUGCAGAGUUGCAGUUUCCAAGCCCUUCUGUUCGGGUGACUGUGUCCAGGUUAUGACGACUAAUCCCAAACCAAACAAGGCGUUAAAGGUCAAGAAGGAGGCGGGCGAGAACGCCCCGGUGCUCAGCGAUGACGAGCUGGUGUCCAUGUCGGUGCGGGAGCUGAACCAGCACCUGCGGGGCCUCACCAAGGAGGAGGUGGUGCGCCUGAAGCAGCGGCGGCGCACGCUCAAGAACCGCGGCUACGCGGCCAGCUGCCGCAUCAAGCGGGUGACGCAGAAGGAGGAGCUGGAGCGGCAGCGCGUGGAGCUGCAGCAGGAGGUGGAGAAGCUCGCCUCCGAGAACGCGAGCAUGAGGCUGGAGCUCGACGCGCUGCGCUCCAAGUACGAGGCCCUGCAGACCUUCGCCCGCACCGUGGCCCGCGGGCCCGUCACCCCCACCAAGGUGGCCACCACCAGCGUCAUCACCAUCGUCAAGUCCGCCGACAUCUCCUCCACCUCUGUGCCCUUUUCGGCCGCGUCCUAGUGCCCGCCCAGGGUGGGGCCUGGGGGGCUGCGGCCGGGCAGGUGGUGGGCUCCUCCCUUGUGCCCAUCAGACGAGCCUACGGGGAGCAGACCCCUCAUCACCUGAGUCAAGCACAGACUCGCGGCGGGGACGGGGCUGCCGGCCGAAGAUGGGGUCUCGUGAGACUGUGUGCUGCACGCCUUCCCACACGCACGCACACGCAAACACGCACACGUAUGCACCUGGCCUUCCUCUGGGCCCCACCGGCUCUCUCCGGACCGUCCUUUUCUAGGGGUGUGGGUCUCGCGCCGGGGGCGGGCGUCGGGAUGUACGGAGGGAAGGUCCUUGGGAGGUUCCUGGCCCUGUGGCCCAGACGGCGGGGGCUCUGUCUUCCACCCAUCCCGAGAGUGGCCCGCUGUGGUCCACCAGCCGGUGCGGGGACCCCCUCGCUGCCCUGAGCUCUGGUGCCGCAGGACGAACCAUGUGCUCCUGGUGACGAAAAGCACCAUGACCCUGCUUUUAGCCUUACGGGAGACCUGCACCCUGCGAGGCGGAGGGAGGGCCGCCCGAGGGGCUGUGUGCGCGUGCACGCGUGCCCCACGAUGUGCCAGCCAUCGCACCAGCGUACCGGCAGCAGCGGGGCCUCGGGGGAGAGGCUCGGAAUGGCCGGUCACUGGGGGGCCUCCGGGGUCCAUGCGGCAGACGGUUGCAUGGGGGUUGGGAGCUUUGCCUCCGUCGGACCUGCAGAGGAGUGGUAGCUGCUGGGUGGGGAGGGGGGCAGCCAGCCGGGGAAGGUGGAGCCCUGCGCAGGGAGGGUGGCGGGGCCUGGGGGUGGGCGCGUGGAGGUUCUGUGCAGAAUGGGGGUGAGGUUGGCAGGGGCCUCGGGAGUGGGCUCUGGUUCUGCUGGAGGGGACGGAUGGGGUCUGAGGGUGAGGAGGGCGUGGUGACAAGGGAGGUGACAUGGCAGGGGCCCAGGACCCCCCUCCUGGGGGCACUUGGGCGGUCUCUUGGUGCAGACGACAAGGGGACGCAGCUACCUUGGUGCUUAAUCCUCGCCUGGAACCUUUACUAGCUCUUUCUGGCACCUGGAGCCCCUGAUGACCUUGGUGACUCUUGCCGGGGCUUCCCUCCCGUGAGCCUCGAUCGAUCGGGGCUCCCAGCUCCCGUGUGCCGAGCUUGGACUGCCCCUUCCUGGCCCUGCUGGAGAGAGGCUGGGGCUGCAGGGUCUGGGAGUGGGCGUUGAGCUCAAGCUCCCGGCCUCCUCUUGGCCCUGCCACCCACCACCGAGGGAGACCCCCACCCCCAGCAAGCCAUGGGCCACCCGCACAGGAAGAGGAGGAUUGGGCAGGGCAGAUGGCCCCAAGGGCUGCAUCCUCCUCCUGCGUCUGCUGUCAGGAGCGGCUGGGAAAGGUCUGGGGCCCCCGCAGCACUGCUGUGUGGCCUUCGCCUUGGCCUUGUCCUGGGGGAAGGUGAAAGGUCAGGGGUGUGCUGGAUCCUUACGGAGAAGAAGGCCCAGUGUGUUUAAAAAAAAAAAAAAAAAGAGUUGAUACCAUAGCCAUGGUAGGUAAUCCACAUUGGAUAUCAAUAAGGACCAUGGGGAAAUAUUUAAAAGAAAGAAAGUAUAUAUAUAUAUAAAAUUAUAUACACAUUUUAUCGUACAGAUUUUUCGUAACUUUUCCUGUUUUUACUGUAAAUCCCUAAUAGAGCAGAGCUGCAGUUGGAGUAGAGUGGGGGUGGGAGCUGGUCGCCCCCGCCCCCAGCUCUGGGGAGGGAGGCCCGGGCUGCCCGCCCGACGCUUCCCUCUGCGUUCCCACCAGCCCUCGGGAGCGCCGAGGCCCCACCUGGGGGGACCCGGGGCCAGGGAAGGAAGACCAGAGCCUUUCCCGAGUGCUUUUCCUUUCAGCUCACCGAGAUUCCAUUGUCACAGGUUUAAUAUAUGGAUUUUUUUUAUUUAAGAGAAAAGGCAAGGACUUGUGUCCCUGGAGUUUGCUCCCCCUGCCUCCGGGGCUUCAGACGCGGGUCCUUCCUGGGGACGGGGCCUCCCGCUUCCUCGCCUCCGUCGCUCGGCUGCUCCAUUUCCAUAUUUAUUUUUGUGCUGCUUUUAUCAUGGUAUAAAUUAUUGAGAAGAGAUCCCACGUCAUGGUCCUCGUGCGUAGGACUCGUGCCCCGCGCCCGCCCUGUCCCCUCACGGCCACCACCUAAUUUAUUGCUGUACAUCUCUGCUGUGAUGCUUUUGUACCUUUGCAAUAAAGAGUUUUCUGGUUUCA